GAAAACAGGUUCAGGACUCAUCAUGGCUACAGGGCAGAUCAUGCUGCUCCUCUGUAUUUUUGUUUAUUUGUGUUUACCGUCAGGGUCUUAUGGAGCUUUAGUCAUUUCUAGAGACAAUGAGCAACAGCAAGAAAGUGAUGAAUGUGCCAGCAAACACAUACAGAAACGAAGCAUAAAUGGAGCCGAGAUCGAGUAUCAGAAUGUGAAGAUCGACUGCAAGGUGGCGUCUCGAUUCGCCCACACAGUCAUGACGUCCACGGCUCUGAACAAGGCCAACGUCUCACAGGAGGUGUUCUUCGAGGUGGAAUUACCCAAGACGGCCUUCAUCACCAACUUCAGCAUGGAAAUUGAUGGUAAAACCUAUGUGGGAGAGGUUAAAGAAAAGGACAAAGCCAAGAAGCAGUAUCAGACGGCGGUGUCUUCUGGGCAGACUGCCGGCCUGGUCAAAGCUUCUGGAAGAAAGAUGGAGAAGUUUUCUGUGUCUGUGAACAUCGCGGCGAACAGCACUGUUACGUUUACACUAACGUACGAGGAGCUGCUUCAGCGGCACCGUAGCAUGUAUGAGAUCAUGAUUCGAGUCAAACCCAAACAGCUGGUCCAGCACUUUGAGAUUGUUGCUGAUGUGUUUGAGCCUCAAGGUAUCGCAUUUCUGGACACCCACGCUACGUUCAUCACCAAUAAUCUACUUUCCCUGGUGGAGAAAACCGUCACUGACAAAACGGCCCAUGUGUCAUUUUCUCCAACUCUGGAUCAGCAAAAAAAAGUUUCAGGCUGUGACGGUACCCUCAUAGAUGGAGAUUUCUUUAUCAAGUAUGAUGUAAACCGUGCACAGGCUCUUGGUGAUAUUCAGAUAGUGAACGGGUACUUUGUACAUUUUUUUGCACCCGCUGACCUGCCACGACUGCCAAAGAAUAUUGUGUUUGUGAUAGACAAGAGUGGAUCCAUGUCAGGAAAAAAAAUAGAACAGACUCGAGAGGCACUGUUGACCAUUCUGGACGAUCUGCAUGAGGAAGACCACUUUGGAAUAGUCUUAUUCAGCACCAAUGUUUUCACUUGGAAACCGUCAUUGAGCAAAGCCACAGAGGAAACUGUGAAGGAAGCAAAAGAUUUUGUUAAACAGAUAACAGCUGACUCUAUGACAAAUCUUCAUGAUGGUGUUAUGCGUGGUAUAAAAAUGCUGAAUGAAGCCAUCCAAAGCAAGUCUGUACCAGAGACCAGUGCAUCCAUGAUAAUCCUGCUGGCUGAUGGAGAUUCAAAUUCGGGUGUGACUGAUGAAACCACAAUACAAAACAAUGUGCGCACUGCCACUGGUGGAAACAUUACCCUUUUCUGCUUGGGCUUUGGGUAUGACGUCAAGUACUCUUUUCUGGAUGUGUUGGCCAAACAAAACAAUGGUCUGGCUCGCAGGAUCUAUGAGGCAUCUGAUGCUGUACUACAGUUAAAGGGAUUCUAUGAUGAAGUGGCAAACGCUCUCUUAUCCAAUGUCAAUUUCCAUUAUCCUGACAACAAAGUGAACUCACUGACUGGCAGCGUCUUUAAGCAGCUUUAUAAUGGUUCAGAGAUCAUAGUUGCAGGACGUCUGAAUGACCUUGAGAUGAACGACUUUCCAAUUGAAGUGUCUGCUCAGAAGUUAGAGGAUAAGUUCAUGAUAAAAGGCCAGGCUAGUGCUCAGGAAUGGAAUCUCAUGUUCCCUGACCAAGAGUACAUCUUCGGGGACUUUACAGAGCGUCUUUGGGCAUACCUGACCAUCCAGCAACUCUUGGACAAGAAGGACAAUGGUUUACCUGAGGAAAAGAAAAAUGCUACAGAUAAAGCCCUGGCGCUCUCUCUGAAAUACAACUUUGUGACACCACUCACCUCCAUGGUGGUUAUUAAGCCUGAAAAUGAGGAAAAGCCAGAGGAUGCACUUAUUGCUGACAAACUGUCAGAGGAUCAGCGCAAAGAUGUUCCACAAACCCCAAGUUAUAUCUCACAGACUGUCCACAAAUACACUUCUUCACCGCCUGUAAACUGGGUUGAUGGAGAUCCACACUUCAUCAUUAAGCUGCCAGACCAAAGUGACACACUGUGCUUUAACAUCAAUGACAAACCAGGCACCAUUUUCAACCUGGUCAAAGACCCACUGACAGGUAUUGUGGUUAAUGGACAAACCAUUGGGGACAAAAAGGUGGACCCUAAAAACAUGAUGAAUACCUAUUUUGGACACUUUGGAAUUGUUCAUGAGAAAUAUGACAUCAGACUGACGGUGAGCACACAGGAAAUUUUGGUGUCUGAGCAUGGAAAACAGUCAAAACUCUUCUGGUCAGACAAUACCAUGGUUAAAGGGAAAAACAUGGACCUGCAGAUCAUCAAAUAUCGCAGUCUGACUGUGACUCUAAGAAACUCAGUGAAAUUUGUUAUUGUGCUGCACAAAGUGUGGAAGAAGCACCCCUACCACCAGGACUACCUGGGCUUCUACACCUUGGACAGCCACCUUCUCUCACAAAAAGUCCAUGGUCUACUUGGACAGUUUUACCACGGUGUAACAUUUGAGGUCAGUGACGUCUUUCAAGGAAAAGAUCCAAACAAACCUGACGCCACCAUGUUUGUUAAAGGACACAAGCUCAUAGUGACCAGGGGCUGGCAGAGAGACUUCAGACAGGAUGUGAAGAAUGGAGAGAACGUCCCCUGUUGGUUCAUUCAUAAUAAUGGCACAGGCCUCAUCGACGGAGCCCUUACAGACUACAUUGUGUCUGAUCUUUUUAAGACUAUCUAAGCAAGAAGAGUAAAAAAUGCAGCUCCCUUGAUUAAACAGUUUAGACAUUUUUAUAACAUGUUUAUAACAUGUAGUGCUCAAAAUAAAUCAUUUGAAAUGAAUAAUAAAAGCAAUAGUUUAUAUAAA